CUGUGUGUUUCCAGCAAUAAAUGGUAGCCUACUUAAUGACUACUUAAUAUUUUGUUUCAACAAAAUGUCGCCCAAUGAGAAAGUGCGAGUUUUACUGCAGCUAUUAUUCAUAUUUAAAACAUUAAUGAUAAUAAAAAUAUUCCCUAGCUCACGUUUUAGAUCUGGUGUAUAAGGAAACCCAUCAGAAAUCUACGUAAAACGUUCUAACUGUAAUGCAUAUGCAUUUUAAAUGUAAUAAGCAUAAUUUAUUUUAACAUUCAAACUGAAAUGGUAGUGGAACUAAGGUCAAAUGGCGAAGAGACACUGGACUACAAUGAAAGCGCAUUUGAAUUUGCGUGACAGCCUCAACGUGGCCUAACAAGUGACUGUCAAUACAGUUGCAAAUCUGUGAGGGACGUUCUUCCCUUUCAGUGACUGUAGGCCUGGAUAAUAUUGUGCUUUUAAUAUAGAUAGAUAGAUAGAUAGAUUUCUUUUGGUGAAACAUCUAUGUAAGCGUUUGCUCAGACGUCGCAUUAAGCGCGUUUUUGCUUGUGCAGUUGUACAAACGUCUGAAACAAAGGCUCCUAAUUAGUUCUGUGAUUCCGCUUUCCAGUGAGAGAAACUGGAAAUUCAGAGGCAAUGAACGUAAUGACAUGUGACGAUGCGCGAAAUCAUUCAAGUGGAUUUCACCUUCUUAUCCUGUUAGCCUUCCCACAAUUUUUUAUAAUGGUUUAAAACAAUGCAGUCAUUUCAUUAGGCAAAGAGUUGAGCAGCCACAUGUGUCUGUCGCAGACUGUUGAUUUGAAUUUAAAACAUUUAAACAAAUGGUCUACGCCUGCCUAUACAUUAAAGAUAGAUGCUUAUUACACAUGCUUAUUACGUGAAUAUGUGAGGUAAAUAAAUCUUGAAAUGCUUGUGUGGGCUAUCUGGCCUUAACAAAUAAUAUAAAAUGUUAAUGUUUUGACAAAUAUUAUUCUUAUUAGGCAUUGAUUGUGGGAGCAAUCAUUCUAGUUGAUCAAUUCAAGUGACAUUUAAUUUGUUACAAUAAUUCUUGCACUGACACUUUCUUCACAGUAUUUUGUAGGUUACUGCUUUACUGAUAAAUGACCAGCAGAUGAAUAUUUUAAAUGACUUGAUGGUUAGUAACAUUUCUUCUUUAAGUAUUAAAGACUAUGUGCUUUAAUUCACCAUAAUAUAGCUCUUAAUGUUAAAUAUAUAAAAAAAAUUACUUCCUCAUUAUUAGAUCUGUGUUGCAUCCCUGUCGCAGACAAUUGUAUAAAGUGUGGGGACAAAAUCAGCCAUGACCGUUAUGAGCUUUCAUUCUUUCUUUUAAUUUUUUCUGUCUUUUAGUGAUGUAUCAGAGUGCAUGUUUGUUUUCAUGGUCCAGUUACCAUUUUGCUGCAACAUUACUGUAUUUACACAACAGCACACUGUUCUUUUUGGUGAUAUAACUGAAACCUGAUCAUGUUUUUAGUUGUUUUUUUGUGCUCAGCUGGUACCUGAGCUCAUCAGUGCUGAUGCUGUACAUCUCUGACACAAGCACAUGCUGAUGCCCAAGCGUGUGCUGCUGUUUCAAUGCUGUAUGUGAUUCAUUGGAAAAAACACAUUACACACGUGGUUUCUGUGUGAAACACUGCUGAUAAGGCUACAAAAGGCAAGACUGAAAAUAGCAAAGAGGAUGAGGAUACCAUCACCAGGCUCUCUUCGCUCAGCCCCAGAUGCCUCCGCUCCCUCUUGACGAGCGCAUAGUGGUUAUUCAGUGCCCCAAAAGUUUGGCCUUGCGCGUGGCCUCCCCACCAACCACUUCACAGUCUUCCUCACACCGCCCAGCCACUCACAACAAGCCCCCACCCCACUUACCACAACCCCAACCCCCACCACCCCAUUUCCAUCCAGGUUCCAACUACCUGUCUCUGGAAUGCAAGCACAGACUAUCAUCCCAUGUUCAGAGAGAUAAAGGAGAAACAGGUGCUCCCUUUGAGGGUAGCAGCCGCAAUGCUAGCCAUUGUCACAGCAAUGGGAUAGUAACUUUAGGUCCCAGACCUCACAAGCACACGCAUACCAUUGACAUUAGAGUGUCUUUGGACAAAGGUGUAAGAGGAGAAUCUUACAUAGACAAAAGCCGCAACAGUAGUCUUACCCGAAGUGGAAGCAUCAAAGGGAACAGAACUAAACGGGUGUCACUGCACUUGGAUCCAGGGCGAGGUGAAAGGAAAUGCAAAGGAAAGUCUUCUGAAUUAGGGGAGAAGCACCACCAGAACCAUAAUCCGAGUCAAAACCGGACUCAGCACAGUGGCCAUCAUCCGAACCAACUCACAGUCUCUCCUGGAGGGAUCUUGGAAUUUGUACCAGCGCAGAGACAGCAGUCAAAAUCCAAGCCAACAAGAGAGAGAGACCUGUCAUUAGAGUCUUGCUCUGCAACUGCCAGCCACCCAUUGCACAGUGAUAGGGACGUAUCAUCUGUAGGAAACAAAGAAAACUCCAAACUGGGACCCGGCCACCAACUGCCCCACACCCACAGCCUAUCCCGUCACCACAGUUCAGCCCCAUUACCCCAUGCUGCCAUCCUAAACCCACACUGCCCUGCUGUACCACCCUCGCUCCCUCCCCGAGGCCCUUCCUCCUUCCAGCACAUCAGUCAACCCCGUCCCUCAUGCACUAGAGAACAUCGGCCCCAAAUUCUUCACGCUUUGCCCCUCUCCCCUACUUCCUCCCAAGGAGGCUUCCCCAGUCCUGACCACACAUGUACGAUUGACUUUUCCCACCCUUGUGGCUGUUGGAGGUUAGUUCGUUGUAGAAGAGGUAGAGGUCACUCGGCUGGCUGCCACGGUCAUAGUACAAGCCCAUCCUCUUCGUUUUCCCACGGCCCAGGAACAAGUGCUGCCAACGGAGGUGGCGGAACCAUGGGAUUGAAGACUUUAGGAGGUUGUCUGUCAACUGCUUCCACCACCAACACCUCCUCUUCCAACAGCACUGUCUCGGACUGUCGCACAGGGCUGCUCAGACCUUUGGGUUGUGCAUCCUGUUCUGGAGAAGCUGGAGCUUUUGAGAGCCCUGCUGCUUUCCGUAAGAAGCUGGUUGGAGGUUGUUUACCCUGUACUCCCCUUUCCUCAUCUGCACCUCUUCGAGCACUCCAUAGUUGUGUCAGUGGGUGCAAUCCCAAAGCAAGCCAAACUGGAAGCUCCACGUGCAGUUACUGCAGUAGUGACCCCAUUGUAGUGACCUUUAACCCGCACAGAGGGAAUCCUCCCAACAUGGGGCGUAAUAUGGGUGCACAUACCAUGGGAGGAUACCAGCCUGAUGAUGACGAUUACAGUGUACGCACAAUCUGGCCGGAGGAGCUAGCAAAAAAGAUGACUCGCUCUAAAACCCAACCUAUCCAUCACAAUGCAGGUAUUGGAAUGGGCUCAGGGAGGACCUGCAUGGGCCACAACCAGAAAAGUGGCAAUGGUGGCAAUCCUUUAAUCCUGGACUGUCGGAACCUUAUGGAGUUCACUCGUUCCCAGCUGACAGAUCAGGCAGGACGGCGGAGGCUCCAGCAAGGCAAGAUGGCAGUUUUGGACUUUAUCGGGUCAGGGAAUAGCGGAGACCAGGGUAGAGAUUCCCUCAAGCGGCUUUGGAACAAAGGAGCAGAUGCUUGCAAGGUGGAUGGCAACGGGUUCGAUGACGAAGUGCUUCCACAAUCCCCAUCCCUCCGCUCUCCAUCUCCAGAUUCCCCUCCAUCAUUCUCACCCCCACCAUCUGCUCCUAGCACGCUUAUUAAGCCCAAACCCAAACAGCGAGAGAGGGAGGGUGGACACACCUUACCCUCGGCCCAGUCACUCCACCUGGUCCUCAACUCACUCAACAGAGAACAAGAUGAGGAAAAUGGACGAGUGCAUCUUUCCCUCCCUCUUUCCUCAUCCCUCCCAGCUUCACUAUCUGAGGAGAGUGUCAUGACCCCAGAUGUGGAGAAUGCUGUGAUCAGCCCCAUCCUCCCUUUCCUUUUUCUUGGCAAUGAGAGAGAUGCACAGGAUUUGGAUCUACUGCUUCGUCUCAACAUUGGUUUUGUGGUCAAUGUCACAACCCAUCUUCCCCUCUACCACCUGGACACAGGCUUGGUGCGUUACAAAAGGCUACCUGCCACUGACAACAGCAAGCAGAACCUGCAACAAUAUUUUGAAGAGGUUUUUGAGUUUAUUGAGGAAGCUCACCAGUGUGGACGGGGUGUUCUUGUGCACUGCCAAGCAGGUGUGUCCCGCUCAGCUACUAUAGUCAUUGCUUACCUGAUGAAGCACACCCUCAUGACCAUGACUGAUGCCUAUAAGUAUGUGCGCAGCCGGCGGCCAAUAGUCUCCCCCAACCUCAACUUCAUGGGCCAGCUGUUAGAGUUUGAGAGAGACCUCAACUCUGGGGUAACACCUCGCAUCCUCACCCCAAAACUGAGUGGCUUGGAAACACAAGUUUAAAAGGGCGGUGCAAGAAAGAAGAUUGUGAGAAAAUGAGAGGAGAAAAGGAGAUAAAUAGAAGAGGGAAUUGAUGGACAGAAAUGGAUGGAUAAAAAAACAAGGGUAAGAAUAAAGCCGUUUAACGAUAACAAACAGUUGAGGAUUUGAAGAGAGAUGACAGAAAUAACUAGAAGAUGAAAGCAGUCCGAAAGAAAUAGAUGAAAUAGUAUAUUUUAAUUGAAGUAUCUCCACGCUUUCUGUUUCAUAUAAAUAGCACUUAUUUGACAGUUGGCAAAUGAAUGUUUGUGCUACCCACCCUGAUACUCUGUUAAUUAUGUGCCAAGUUUUAAUUCAAAGAAUAAGUCAGUUCACUUAAAUUAUUACCAUAUUACUAUUAUCAAACUUGGUUAAAUACAAACGCUGUAUAAAAGUAUUUGGGGGGAAACAAAUGCAAUCAAAGAAGACUCUGGCUGCCAGGCACAGAAAAAGAUCCGAUGUGUUUAGACUCUCAGAACUGUGACAUGCAUCACAUUCAAGACCUAAGAGAUGUAGCAAACUUCAAACUCCUUUUCCACUGUGCACAGAACUUUUCUAGACAGAUUAUUUUUGAUUAGGGAGUUCAUUUGAAGGCACUUUUUGGGUUACUUUGCGUUAGCUGCCAACUAUUUAUAAAUUAGUCCACUGACAUGAAGAUUCAUUUUGCCUUUGAAAUUUUUUCGAUACUGCUAAUUUUGUUACUUGAUUUUACAUCUUGCAUUCUUUAUCUUAGUGUCUUUGUGUGGGAGGUGUGCAAUAGUGUUGAUGCGGAAGUGAAACUGAUUUAAGUUAUUUUCACUUGGACACUGUUUCUCUAAUGGACUUUUUUUUGCAUGGGACAUGAAGCAGCCAUUCUGAUGGCAGAUCUAAUCCAAAAAUCAUAUAUUUAUUUUUUAUUUCUUGCUUAUGAUAUUUAACAGAUGGCAAUUUGUAUAAAGUAAUGUGUAAUUUAAAAAAAAGUGUUAGAAGGAAAAGUGGAUAAUAGACUAUAAAAUAGGUUUUUUUAUUCAACUCACUAUUUAUUUUACUUUGGGCAGGCAGCAAUGGCUUAAAAUUACUCCAAUUAUUUUUUUUAUUAUUGUGCUUUCUGUAUGUUUUUUUUUUUUUUUUUUUGAGCUGCAGGUGCUGAUAAGAUAUUGAGGAGAAACAUCUUGUGGAAUUGACCUUUACAUUUUUAAUAAGGAAUAUGUACACUGUUUAUUGCUGUGCGAAAUUACUGUGACUGGAGCAGAUCAACAUGAAUCUCACUCUUUAAUAUGAGUUAAUUUUGCAAUUCAAAAUUGCACACAAAGGUGACAAGUAGAUAUUUAUAGUUUAUGCAAAAUUAGCAGGAAAGUUCCAAGGUCAUGCAGGUGUAGCUAAAACAUGAAGUGUUUUCCAUCAUUUGCUUUUCUGUCAUAUUCAGUUCAUUGCAUAAGAAAAAUGAACACCCUUUCAGCUUUAAAGCCUGCCCUAUUUUUAAACAGCCUGCCUAAUUUGACCAUGAUCAGAUUUUAGUGCUCUCAGGACUGUAGGCAAACAAUCUGGUUUUGUAUUAUGUACCAUAAAGGAAACUAGAUCCCCGUCCUCCAUUUAAAUUCUUCCUUCUUUUAUUUUUUUUUUUUCUCUAUGCCCUCUAAGAGACUAUGUAUUUUUAUGGGAAUACAUUCUGUGAAAAAGACUUGGUUCACUCACUUCACUGUGAAACAUUCUUCUUCCUGCAUAUUGUCAAGUUCUCAGCCUUGGUCCUUGAAGCCGCCUCUCAUCAGUCUUGACAAGCGAGGAGUUUGUCUGCUGUCUCUGAGCUCUUUUCUGCCUCACUGAGCCACUGGGCCUUCACACACCACUGCUGUGUCUCCUUUAAUCUGCCCUGCCCAACAGCGCGUGACAUAGUAUACAAUUUUGCAUUUCAAAAACCCCCUGCAGUAAAGACAUGUAAAGGUGUUUUCUUAUGGGUACAAGACCUCAGAAAUGCCCCCAUGUUUUAACAUCUGUCUGAUUGAUCUAAGUCCAGACCAGUUCAGUGCCAUUGCUGUGUUGUUUUAGGGUCAGCAGCUGCUUGUAUUUAUCAUACAGUGACACAUUGACUGUUUCUUUCUGUCUCUCGCUGCUGACAGUGUUUUUGUCUGACUCUGUAGCUUGAUUGUGCCCUGAGGAAACGAUUAGGUAAGCAACACCUAUUAAACUGGUCUCAGUGAGGUGACAGAGUGCCGAGAAAUCAGACAAAUCUUAAUCUAAAAAAAGCAGGAUUGGGCAAAAUUGGGAAUUCAAGAAUUGGCCUCCUUUCAGUUCAUGAGUUUGAAUUUGAUUUGAAUUGACCACAUGCCACAGCGUAUUGAACUGAAAUGACAUGAUGAGGAAUUCAAAGAAAUUCAACACACACUUGCAUGCCCUCAUGACUAGAAUCCAUGAAACAUCCCACACAAUACUGUACACGGUACAGUUCAAUACUAAUUCCUUCAAUUGAAAUUAGAAUCACAAUCCUCCUUUUUGCUACAUCAAUUCAAAUUCAGGAAUUGAAUUGGAAUUUAAAAGGCAUUCUCAGUUCUGUUAUCAAUGCCACGAAACCCUGCUAAACAUGGAUGCUUCUGAUUAGCAUUUAGACUAACAAAAUGUAUUUUUAAAACUUGAAUUAAGAUCCCGUUGGCAUCUGACACAAAGUACAAUUUUCUUCCAUAAUUUCUUUAAAUCCAUCAUUUACCAUUUCAUUAAAACUGCCAGUUGCCACCACGUCUGCAUGAGAAAAUGUGUAAAGUGUGUUUUACAAGAAAAUAAAUGCCUGGGAUGCCUUUUGGUACAAUAACCGUCUUCCGAGUCAAUGUAGCACCUAUCAAUGGAAAGAAAUGGAAGCACUUGGUAGUUUUGUAAUUGUUUGGAUUUUUUUUUUUUUCUGUUAUAUAUCUGUUUGCUGCACAAAAGUGUGUAGAUCUGAGAAGUCAGUCUUUGUGUUUUCUGUGUGCUAGGCAUGUUGAGACAGUAAUGUGGGUGAAACUUUCCGACCAUUUUAUCAAGAAUCCCAACCUCAGGCCUGUUAAAUGUCCAUUGGCACAGCUCAAGCUUCUCUGUAAGCUCGCAUCGGUCAAUGCCAUGAGCCACUGUUGUAUGCCUUCUUUACCCUGGAUUUGCUCUUCCAGACAUUGGGGAAAAUGUACCUCUUUGUUCAUUCAAUCAUACCUCUCACUGUAGAAAAAAAAUAUGGCGUAAGCCUACCAAAAACACCUGGUAACACUGACUGAAUAUCGCUGGACAUCGCAGAGUAUCUCAUUGUAUGAAAGCUGAAUUUGUUUAUAAAAUGUGUGCAAAGCACUGAAACUGGAUACUAUAUAUGACCAGUAUUUCCUGUGUUGAAUAAUCUUAUAUAUACAGUAUAUGGUUUGCACAUAGAAAUGAACUAAAUGUAAAGUUUUGUGUAGAAUUUGUAAAUUUGUGAAUUGAUUCUUUCUGUGACUUUAUUCAUGUAUGUUAAUGCUUGUUCUUUUUUUUUAAUUAUUGUUAUUAUUAUCUAAUUUUUUUGUGCCAAAUACUGAAAUGAAGGUUGGCAUCUUAAUAUUGACAUAAAAGAAGUGCCCUCUAGGACAGAACAUGUUUGAACUGCUCAGUUAUGAGUGUUCUACCUUGUUCCCCAGGCGAUAUGUUGUUGUCAUACUCUAUUACUGUAACUUUACACUUUACCUGCUGAUUUUCUUACCCACUAACCU